AUGUCUGAUAUUAGUAUCUUCGUGACCUCUGAAUUGACUUCUUCUGAAAGAAGGAUAUCGCCUCAAUGGGAUUUGUCUUACUUCAAAAUAAAAUUAGAGCAAAUCACCGGGGUUGAGCCUAAGUAUCAAACCAUCUUAUUAUACCCAAAUUCUACCUCAAAUGAGUACGUAGUAAUCUCAGACAGUAAUGAAUAUUCCGAAGAAAAAGAUCGCUCCGUUCAUAUUUCUUCGAUAAAGGGAGUAGUUCCCUACUGUAGAUUCCAUGUAAAGGAUGGUAACCCUGAUUCCGUGUUGGCCCAGCUUGAACAAGAGGAGCAAGCACAAGAUGGGCAAAAUGAAGCAGCGUAUGAAUUUAAGUUGAGCGAGGACGAAUACGCUAAGAAGAAUAAUACGGUUUUAAAUUGGAAGAAACUGAAUCAGCUAGGAAGAUUCGAUCCCCAAUUCAACGAAAUCAAGCAAAGAAACAUAGAAGAAAACUUGGAAAUAUCUUCCAGUAUGAAAACUGGAGAUAUGUGUAGAGUGAUCAAUAUACAGGGUGAGAGAAGAGGUGUAGUGAAGUUUGUUGGUAAAAUCCCGGAAUUAAGCAAAGGAGAAGAAGACGAAAUCUGGGUUGGAGUGGAGUUCCAUGAACCUGUUGGAAAGAAUGACGGAACCAUAGAUGGAAGAAGAAUAUUUGAAUGUAGACAAAACCAUGGAAGUAUCUUGAAGCCCAAGCAAGUUGAAGUUGGUGAUUUUCCAGAAUUGGACCCAUUUGCCGAUAGUGACGAUGAGCUUUAG